AUGGCUUCGAAUGUACUUGUCCGCCGUGUUUCAGACCCCAAGGCAGUGGCUCUGGUGUUGGGUCCACUUGGAGCUUCAGCGGAGGGCACCAUGAAUAGUUUUGGGAAGAUGUAUCAAGAUCGCAAUUGUACCACAGUGACGGCAGCAUGUCCGGUGGUUCGUUUCUUCUUGACGCAGCAUCGUACAUUGAAACCCACUGCGAAGGCUAUCAUUCAAGAGACAGCCAAGGCCCUUCGGGAGACACCCAACGAAACACCAUUGGUACUGCACUUGUUCAGUAAUGGAGGUGCCUUUUUACUCGAAGAGCUGGAGCUGCUCCUGUCAGAAGUUCCGGAACAAAAUUCCAAAGAUACCAACAACAACAACAACAACAACAACAACAACAACAACAACAACAACAACAACGAGAACAAGCUGAACAGGGAAGAUGUGGACUUGAUUCAGCAACGAAUGGAAUACCAAUUCUUUGACUCUUGCCCUUGUUAUCUUCAUAUGAUGUGGGACCUCUCUCCCUACGCUUCAGACGCAUUUCCAAAUCCAGCUUGGAGACCACUCUCGCGCAAAGUUUACUAUCUAGGAAGCGCAUUUAGUCUCACCAUGUGGUGUACAUUUACCGGAUCCUUCAAACGAUCUUGCCUAUUCUGGUCUCGAAUGGCCGACAUUGACCGCCCCUACUGCAAACAUCAAGUCUACUUCUAUACCACUGCCGACAUGCACACCGAUGCUACCCGGAUUGAUGAACUCAUUGAGAAACGACGUCAAAAAGACGACACUAUCGUUGUACACCGUUACGAUGAUUCGGAUCAUUGUGCCUUAUGGAGAGAUCACGAGGAUGAGUACAAUCAAGUACUCGACGAAAGCCUGGAGGCUGCAAGAAAUCGAAGAACAUAG